GUGCCAAUCAGUUUGAAUGGCAAUGCUAUAAACAAUUACAUUUUGCCGCUUAUUGUUUAUUUUGACAUCCUUUUUAUUGUUAUAAAAAUAAUGAAUUUACUACCCAAAACACGAGAGGAAUUCGCGCAGACGGAUUACUGGAACGAGUUCUUCAAAAAGCGAGGUGAAAAGGCAUUUGAGUGGUAUGGCGAAUAUCUGGAGUUGUGCGAUCAGAUUCACAAAUAUAUAAAGCCGUCAGAUAAAGUCCUGAUGCUAGGAUGCGGUAACUCCAAACUGAGUAUGGAUAUGUACGAUUCGGGAUUUCGGGAAAUCACAAACAUUGAUAUUUCACCCAUCGCUGUGAAGAAAAUGUUAGAACUUAAUGCCAAAACCCGUCCUGAUAUGAAAUUCCUCCAAAUGGAUGCCACAGCCAUGAGUUUCCCAGAUGAAAGCUUCUCGGUGGCUUUGGACAAGGGAACUCUGGAUGCUCUGUUUGCUGAUGAUGCCCCCGAAACGAUACUGGUGGUGGAGAACUAUUUCAAGGAAAUACUCAGGACCAUGCGCAAUGGUGGUCGUUAUGUGGGUAUUUCUCUACUACAAGAGCACAUCCUCAACUUCCUGCUGGAUUUCCUGCCCAAACACAAUUGCAUGUUGAGAAUUGUGCACUGCUUGGGAGUGGAACAGGCCAACAAGGAAAAGAAUGCCGACGAUGCCUUGACACUUCCAGUUUUUGUAGUUGUUGCCACCAAGUUUAAGAGUCUUCCGAUGCCUAUUCUCGAAUUUGGUUUUGGCAAUGAUAAGAUGCAGAGAUUCACUACAAUUUCCGAGCUGAAUAAUGCAGUUUCCUCUGUACAAAAAGCCGCUUUGAUUUGCAACGGCUUGGCCAGAUCAAAUAUAGCUGGUCACAACGAGGUUGUUAUGGAUCUACACCGUCCCACAGAACAAACUCCUCGGUAUACCAUCUACAUAUUGGAUAAGCCUCCAGCCCGAGGUAUGGGAAAAUAUGCGGCGUUUAUUGUGCCUCAGGGAAGAGAGGUGGAGUGGCUUUUUGCCACCCCCACUGGGCGGAAAAAGCUCCAGGACUCCGCCAACUUCCAGCGAUUGGCUGUGGUUACCCUUCAUCGAGAUCAGAUUUACAAUACCUUAGACGAAGUUAAAUCAGAGUUGGCUGAUAGCAUAAAGAACAUAUCGCCGGCUGGACUCAGUGAGCAGAUACCAUAUCUUUCUCUUGGCUCUGAUGUGGGUAAGAGAGAGACUCUCAUUUGUGGGUUCUCGAAAAUAUCAGGAGAUUUCCGCAUCGAAGAAGUCGAGGCCAAUGGCAAAACCCUACGACGUCUUAUAUUCCUAAGCAAUCAGUUUGUCGUGCAGUCAGAAGCAUUGGUCAAAACAAUUAAAAUAAAAGGCAAAAAGGAUCGUAGAAAGAUCGACUUUGGCUACUUAGCCUGUCAGCAUCAUUUGUACAUGUCCGUGGGUGUCCAACUGGCAAUCACAUUACAGAAUCCCAAAAAGGAUGUUGAAAAAGAUAUUCUAGUUAUCGGCUUGGGUGGCGGUGGUCUCUGCAGCUUUCUUCAUGCCGCCAUGCCUCAAGCUAGAAUUACGGCUGUGGAAAUCGAUCCUAUUAUGCUGGAGGUCGCUGAGCAAUAUUUCGAGCUCAAGCAGGACAAACGAUUUCAUGUGGUUAUCGAUGAUGGACUGGAUUUCGUGGCACGCUGUUGCAGUGAAGAUAUCCACUUCGAUGCCGUAUUAUUCGAUGUGGACAGCAAGGAUCUAAGUCUGGGUAUGAGUUGUCCACCACAAAGCUUCCUGGCCAACAAAAUCCUGGAGCACAUUAAGGAGAUCAUCGGACCGAAAGGCCUUUUUAUGCUCAAUCUUGUAUGCCGCGAUGAAAGCCUUCGAACUCAAGCACUUGAUAAUCUUCAUAAGGUGUUUCCGGCUAUGUGUAGCUAUAAGUUAGACGAAGACAUCAACGAGAUUAUAUACUGUGCCAACGAUGAAAAGUACAAAACUGUCGAACAGUGGAAAAGGAAUUUGGGCACCGCUGGCCGAGGAUUGAAUAAUGCCGUCAAAGAAACAAAAUUGGCCAGCGAGGAUGCCCUUGAGGUAGCAGAGUUCCUUAGCGAGUUGAAAAUUUGAUCGUUGUGUAGGAGAAUCAUUAGCAAAGACCAUUUACGUUUUUAAAUAAAUGUUAAUUGUAUUUAUUUAUAAAUAAAGACUAAACUAAACUAA